CUGGAGCGCGGGGUUUGACUGGGCCGUUGUUGUAGUGACCGGGAGGCGCUGCCGCUCCGGGCAGAGGGUUCCGGGCGCCGCACGGUCCCCCUUCCUAUCUCGCCCCCUCCCUUCCCCCAAUUCCCCACACGGGCAGGAGCCAGGAGCCACCCGCUCCCCCCAUGGCCUCCGCCCCGGAGGACCCCGUUCUGCAGCGUUAUUUUAAGGGCCACAAAGCGGCGAUCACCUCCGUGGACUUUAGUCCCGACGGCAAACAACUUGCUACUGGUUCUUGGGAUACGUUUCUCAUGCUAUGGAGUUUCAAGCCGCAAGCUAGAGCUUUCAGAUAUGUGGGUCACAAGGACGUUGUAACCAGCGUGCAGUUUUCUCCACUUGGAAACUUACUGGCAUCUGCUUCACGAGACAGGACCGUUAGACUCUGGAUUCCUGAUAAGAGAGGGAAAUCCUCUGAAUUUAAAGCUCACACAGCUCCAGUUAGAAGUGUGGACUUUUCAGCCGAUGGCCAGUUUCUUGCUACAGCUUCUGAAGACAAAUCUAUCAAAGUAUGGAACAUGUAUCGCCAGCGCUUCUUAUAUUCUUUGUACCGACACACACACUGGGUUCGCUGUGCCAAGUUUUCACCUGAUGGAAGACUAAUUGUAUCAUGUAGUGAGGAUAAAACUAUUAAAAUCUGGGAUACCACAAAUAAGCAAUGUGUUAAUAACUUCUCAGAUUUUGUAGGGUUUGCAAAUUUUGUGGAUUUUAACCCUAGUGGUACAUGCAUAGCUUCAGCAGGUUCUGAUCAUACCGUGAAAAUCUGGGAUAUAAGAGUGAACAAGUUACUCCAGCAUUAUCAAGAUGGUACGCUUAAGAUUCUGGACCUCUUAGAAGGAAGGCUCAUAUAUACACUUCAAGGACAUACGGGGCCUGUCUUCACUGUUACAUUUUCAAAAGGUGGAGAACUGUUUACAUCAGGAGGUGCAGAUGCACAGGUCUUAUUAUGGAGGACUAACUUUGAUGAACUGAAUUGUAAAGAUGUUAUUAAAAGAAACCUCAAAAGAUUACACUUUGAUUCACCACCACAUCUUCUCGAUAUCUACCCAAGGACACCACAUCCCCAGGAGGGAAAAAUUGAAACUGUUGAAAUUAAUCCAAAGCUUGAUGUAAUCGAUUUGCAGACCUCUACUCCCCCUGUUGUGGACAUCCUUUCUUUUGAUUCUACCACAACAACAGAAACCACUGUUCGAACUCUACCAGACAAGGGUGAAGAGAUCUGCGGCUAUUUCUUGAACCCUUCUUUAAUGUCAUCAGAAUGUUCACCUACAACCUUGAAAAAGAAAACAGAAGAAAUGAGCUACCUCCCUUCUGAGAGUCAACGAAACAUACCGCUCGCUGUGACCGAUGCGUUAGAGCAUAUUAUGGAACAGCUCAAUGUUUUGACACAGACUGUUUCAAUCUUGGAGCAGCGACUGACUUUGACAGAGGAUAAACUGAAAGACUGCCUUGAAAAUCAGCAAAGGCUUUUCAAUGCUAUCCAACAGAAAAGUUAAAUAGAAAAAUAUGAGCAGAGGCAUGAGAAAUGAACACAUGUACACGUACUCAGGAAGGUAGUACAAGAUGCUUUAUGCAACACAACCAUGUGCUAAUUAUCAUGGCAUUUCUUAAAAGGGUGAGCAACAAAACAAAAGGCAGAAAAGGCAUAAUUAAGGACUAAUGUAAACACACAAAUCAAUGUCGAGGACUAAUUCAAAUCAUUACCAUUUAUGAUUGCAGUAAUAAAGUGAUAAGCAUUCAAGUGGCUCUGUAUUUUCCCCCAUAUUAUUUUAAAUGUCAGUUUUCAUUAAUUGUCCAAAUCCUGCCAGUAAAGUAAUCAAAUCUCAGUAUUUCAUUGUUAUUUCAAAUUGACCAUGUUCAGGCAAUUCCUUAAACAAUUGGUGUACUUUUUUCGUGUAAACAGUACCCUUGGGGUGAAAUAAUUCACUUACCUCUAAAAUAGCAUUUUGUAUGCAGAGAAUGAAUUAAUGAUCUGAUUUGUAUUUCUUUCCGUUAAAAAAAAAUUUAUUCUUUACCUAUGCCUUGAAAAGAUGAUCUCAUACAACUCCCAAACUGCAGAAUUUCCACAGCAAGAAUACACUUAUUUUAAUUAGCAACAGCACAUACAGGACAUAUGGCAGUGGGUUUCGAUUUAAUUUAUGGUAUACAUUGUUUAUUCUUUGACCAACCUGAAGGAAAAUGAAGAGUUAGAAAUAUGUAAAGUGCACGAAUCUGCUUCCGUAGAUGAAUGCACUGAAUGAUUUGGGUUGUAUCCAAACCUGUGAUCUCAGUUUACGAAGAUUAAGUUAGUGCAGAAUCCUCAAAACCCAGAACGAUGCAACAGCAAAAAUAUUUAAAAAUAUACACACAUGCAUGUUCACAUUCUUCAGAAAUGUUUAAGGUGAUUUUGUAGCUGAAUAUAAGUACUUUAAAAGAACAUUUGCAUCGUCUUCCUAUUUUUUUUUUUUAAUGAAUUGUGAUUUGAAACAAAAUGAAAAUGAGCCAGGCAUUCUAAAAGAUCUUGGUUUUAAAUUAAGAAUUUUAUCUUAAACAAAAUAAGAGAUUAAAUUGAAAAAAACUGAAUUUAGUUUGCAUUUCUGUUAAUCUAUAUCUAGAACAGAAGGUAGGAGAAGGCAGUCCACAUUUAUGAUGCCUGUAGGCAUAACAUGGGGGAAAUACUGUCUAUGUUUUGGAAAAGAAAAAAGUCCUAUUUAUCUAGGAGUCUAUAUUUAGAAAUUUCUCAAAGCAAUUUUGAUUGUAUUUAUGAGGUGAUUUUGUUUUAUCAUCUCGUGUGUUUUAAUGACUUCAGAUAAUACUAAGUGUGAACGUCUAGACAGUUUCAAGAGUUUAUAAGACUAAGUGGCACUGUAUUUUUAUAACCUCAUUGAGAAGACUAAGAAAUGAAAUGUCAUACUAAUUUUUGUCUACUUUUUUAAUGCUUCAAACA